AUGACUAGUGGUAGUGGUGCGUGUGGUAGUGGUGGGGAUGUUGACGCAAGGCGGCGAAUUAACGAAGAGUUGCGGGCCUAUACGUCUGCGGAGAUAAAUCGGUUGAUACAAGAGCACUUGCAGCAGUCGGUGGUACCUCGCCCCAUCCAUCAUCGAGCUUUAGCACCCCGGGACCACGUCAUUGCCCACCAACGGUUGUUUGACGACUACUUCGCUGAGCAGCAGCGGUUUGGGGAGAACUUUUUCAGGCGGCGUUUUAGGAUGCACCAGCCGCUAUUUAUGAGUAUAAUGAACGCUUUAGAGCGUCGAUACAAGUAUUUCAGGUUCAGGGAGGAUGCGAGUGGUAGACCCGGUUACACGCCUAUACAGAAGUGCACUGCCGCAAUCAGGCAGUUGGCCCACGGAGGCGUGGCCGACAUGUUCAACGAGUACCUCAACAUCGGCGAGACGACUGCCCGCGAGUGUGUGCGGUAUUUUUGUACGGGCGUCAUUCAUAUAUUCGGGGAUAGGUAUCUUCGAAAGUCUAUCCCCGAACACUGCCAGGCUUUGAUGGAUAUGCAUGGGUUUACGACAUGUUAG